AUGGUGCAAUCACUUCGCCUGCAAAAUAAAGUGGCCAUUGUGACCGGCGCGUCUUCUGGUCUAGGCCGAGCCAUCGCUCUACGAUACGCCCAAGAGGGUGCGAAAUUGGUUUGUGCCGACUUGACAGUAACACCACGCUCUCGAGAGGAAUCCGCAUUCACAACACAUGCCUUGAUUAUCCAGAAUGGAGGCAAGGCAAUUUUUGUCCAGACCGACGUUGGUGAUGCAGCACAAAUGGAGAACUUAGUACAGGCCACAGUUCGGGAGUAUGGAAGACUCGAUAUUCUUGUCAACAAUGCGGGAAUUAGCGUAGAGGCGCGCAGUCCAGCUGUUCUACAUCUAACCGAUGAAUCGACAUGGGACUUAACAAUGCGAGUGAAUGUUAAAUCUGUGUUCCUUGGCUGUAAAUAUGCACUUGCACAGAUGCUAGCUCAGGAGCCACACUCAUCUGGUGAUCGAGGAUGGAUUAUCAACAUAUCUUCAAUUAUGGGCAUGAUUGCGGGACCCGAGAACCCCUCAUACUGUGCAUCAAAGGGCGCCGUGAGUCAACUCACAAGACAGAUUGCCUUGGACUAUGCUCCGCACAAUAUUCAUUCUAAUGCACUCUGCCCUGGAUACACCCAAACUGCCAUAUUCAGGGAAACUACCAGCAAUUGUACCCCUUGGGACGAUCUUAACCGCCGACACCCUUUGAAGGGCCCUGGAUUCCCUGAUGAUAUUGCAAAGAUGGCUGUUGUCUUGGCGAGCGACGAUGCGAACUGGGUAACAGGAGUCUGUCUGCCUGUAGAUGGUGGUUAUACCGCCAGAUAG